UAUAAAUAAUAGAAAAGGAAAGCUGUGGUAGCCUCACGCUUUCUCCUCGAGAGUUCUCUCUCUUUGUAAAUCCUUCCCUAAUUCAAUCUCCCUCUGCGUCCUCUCUAGAAUUGACGGACUGAUCUUCAUGAAUUCAAGCACCACUGGAGCAUCGACCGUUUCCUGCAAAUCAGGAAACAAGAACAACCUUUUCUUCUGGAUUCUAUUUUGCCUAUUGCCAAAGUUCCUCGGGGCUUUUAUUGCAUUCGUCAACUUCCUUUUGAUUAAGGCCAUUGAUAGGUGUCCCUCAGUAGUUUGUGUCUUGGAUACCUGUGGAGAAAUCGUGCUUUAGCCAUUAUAGAUUUGGCCUUCUGCAGUUGGCUUCUGUGGUAGUGGUAGAUUUAGGUCAGCUGCAGUUGGCAUCCUGGUGAUAUUUGGCAUUUUUGCAAAAUGGUUUCCUCUCAAUUGCCUGGUUUGACAAAGAACCGGUUGUUGUUUCCUGUUAAUCCCUCUGAUACUGUAGUAUCAGAUCACGUUGAACUUGAUUUCACUGAUGUGUUUGGCCCUUUGCCAUCAAUAGAUGUGAGUUGUGGUGAUCCUCUGUCUGUAGGAGAUGGUAGUGAGCUUCUUUAUGAUGACCCUGUUGUUGUUCAUAACCGGUCACAUUCGUUGGUUGGCCCCUCUUCUUAUGUUAGCCAAUCAUUGAAGCUCAGCAAACUUAACUUGCAAGAGACGGAAGAUUCAUUGGAACUGGUUGAGUGUGUCCUGGACAAGACUAUUAAAGAACUAGAGGAGUCUUUCACAGAUGAUGGUGCUGUUGAGGAAGACAUGGAGGAUGUCAGUGGAGAUACUUUGAAGGUUCAAACUGUUGGCAUUGAAGACUUUGAGGUUUUGAAGGUUGUUGGGCAGGGUGCAUUUGGGAAAGUUUAUCAGGUGAGGAAAAAGGGUACACCAGAAAUAUAUGCAAUGAAGGUCAUGCGGAAGGACAGAAUAGUGGAGAAAAAUCAUGUUGAAUACAUGAGAGGUGAAAGGGAUAUUCUAACAAAAAUAGAUCAUCCCUUCAUUGUCCAGCUCAAAUACUCCUUCCAAACCAAAUAUAGGCUAUACCUUGUGUUGGAUUUCAUAAAUGGUGGCCACCUUUUUUUCCAGCUCUAUAACCAUGGCCUUUUCAGGGAGGAUCUGGCACGUAUAUAUGCUGCUGAGAUUGCUUCUGCAGUUUCUCACCUUCAUGCAAAUGGCAUAAUGCAUAGGGAUCUUAAACCAGAAAAUAUCCUGCUGGAUUCAGAUGGCCAUGCAAUGUUGACUGAUUUCGGCCUGGCAAAGGAAUUUGAUGAAAAUACGAGAUCAAACUCAAUGUGUGGAACAGUUGAAUAUAUGGCACCUGAAAUUGUUCAGGGAAGGGGUCAUGACAAGGCAGCAGAUUGGUGGAGUGUGGGAAUUCUGUUGUAUGAGAUGCUAACUGGCAAGCCUCCAUUUAUUGGUGGGAAUAGAAACAACAUUCAACAGAAAAUAGUCAAGGAUAAGAUCAAGCUGCCAUCGUUUUUGUCAAGUGAAGCACACUCUCUGUUGAAAGGGCUCUUAAACAAGGAUGCCGCCAAGCGCUUAGGAAGUGGAUCAUUGGGAAGUGAAGAGAUUAAGCGACACAAGUGGUUCAAGCCAAUCAACUGGAAGAAAUUGGAUGCCAGGGAGAUCCAGCCCAGUUUCCGUCCAGAAGUGGCUGGGAAGCAUUGCAUAGCUAACUUCGAUAAGUGUUGGACUGACAUGACAUUAUCAGAUUCUCCAGCUGCUAGUCCCAAGAUGAAUACCAAUCCCUUUGUGAACUUCACUUAUGUUAGGCCUGCGGCCUCUUUCCUUAAACAGAAUAGCCCCCUAUGUUAGAAAGCCAUACAUCGGAUCACUGCUUCAUCUCCCAAGAUAUGUGGUUUGAGCUUGAAGAAGUUUAUUUAUGAAGUGUCAAGAUAUCAUUUCGUGAGUUUUUUGCAAAGAAUGCUUUGCCUAUGGACAGGAUGUAUUUCUUCUGUUGGAUUGUGUUGUCUUGUAUCUGCUAGUCUUUUUGAAACAUGUAACUACAUUAUGGUUCGUGGA